AUGACGUCGGCAACUAUCUCUCAAUCUGCUUACUGUCCGUCAUCUACAAGCUCUUUACGAGAGUUAUCCUUAAUAGGAUUGAAAAAGUCUUGGAUGAAGGACAGCCAUGCGAGCAAGCAGGGUUUCGAAAAGGAAUUCAGUACGAUAGACCACAUUCACACAGUUUCGAAACUCAUCAAGGUAUCACGAGAAAGAGGUGCCGCUCUGUCUUACCUUCAUCGACUUGAAGAAGGCUUUGGUUCAGUUGAGACGGAAGCGGUCGUGGAAGCCUUGAACAACCAAGGCGUCCCUACUCAGUACAUAAAGGAACUUCGAGAGUUGUACAGCAACUUCACGACCGGAAUUUCGCCAUUCUACAAGAACAUCAUCAUCGACGUGAAGAGGGAGGGUCCGGCAGGGUGA